UGCGCUGUGAAUAAAAGAAAGGUUUCUUGUUUAAAUUAAACGAUAUAAACAAAACACCGCGAUUCAGUUCAAUUCAACAUUUAAGGAACACAUCAAGCUAAAUCUGAGGUUUACAGAAUUCGUUAAUUUCCUUCAGGCUGCCAUUAUGAAUACGGACGAUCUUGAGGACACCCACCUGUGCAUCAAGUGCAAUGCCACGAUUAUGGGUCUCACCAAAUACAUUGAGCACCGGAAGCGAAAUUGCCUGAUGACGGUGAAGCCAGAGGGUACACCGGCCACAGAUGGAUCAGCAACCAGUUCCACUUCCACUCCAGUGGUGUCCCAGACGAUCAUCCGUCGCAGCAGUCAUCUGGAUCACACCUACGAUGGCUUUCACUUCGCAGAACCGGAGGCCCCAAGUAGUUACCUUCGGAAGACAGCGGCCAGUCAUGGGGGAAAGGCCUCUAAGUCUCUGACUGAAGCCUACGAUCUCCCCUACGAGUUGGGAGCUGACCUGUUUUUCUCCUCGCUGCAACUGCAAAGUGUUUCCACUGGUGGCAAGACUGGAUCAGUGCCUCGCCAGGAUAGAGCCAAAGAGGAGUCCUGGACAGCCCCUAGCGGCGAUCCUGUUCUAAAAGCAGUGAGGGGAUACCCUGAGGCUGUAUUCAACUUUGACCAUGACUCCCCAGAAGCGAGUGACGAGGAGGAUGAUGAUGAAGAAGCCGACGACUUUGAUCCAGAAGAGGAUGAGGAGGAUUAUAACGUGAGCCGUCACUCCCCGCCCACAGUGCCCGCCACCCACACUGGCGGUAAAUGGAAGCCCGAACACCGUCCCCAGCUCCGGCACCCGCAUAUCGAGAGAAUAUCACCCAGCUGGGAUGAGCCACCCGAGGAGGCGUACACUCAUCCUCCGGCGGAUCACACGAAGGGCAAGUGGGUGCCGGGCAGCAAGCAGCUUGAGUACAGGGAAAACAUAGACCUCACGAAGCUGGAACAGCCGGGAAUCAGUUACUGGUGCAACAUCUGUUGCCGGCGUCUCAAAAGUCGGUCCAACUACGAGCAACAUUUGAGGAGUGGCUACCAUCUGAAGAGGGCAGAUGCAGAGUGUCAGUUGGAGCAGGCUACCCUCGGAGAAGAACUCAACCUGAGCAAGGACUUUGCUGUGGAGACCAGCGAGAAAAAUGAGGAGCUGCAGCUGCAUCCUGCCAAGAGACAGCGGAGAUCGAGUCUCCUGCGAUGCGAUCUCUGUCGCCGCAGGAUGCCCAGGCAUUUGAUGGGCAAGCACUUGAUAUCCCAUUAUCACUACCGUCGCUUGCAGCAACAGAAUCCGCUAAGGAGGCAAUUAUCCCUGCAGACCAUUCUCAACCACAUGGGCAGCAUUGUGAGGCAAUCGCCAUUCCAAUGCCUUCCGUGCCGAUUCUACGCCAAUACAGAGAGUGCCUUCCUGCAUCAUUGGCAGUCUCACGAGCAUUUUGAGUUAACCCAGCGUCUGGGUGGAUCCUUUUGGUGUGGAUACUGCCAGUUUGAGUGCACUACCAAUGAGUCCAUGUGGCGUCAUCUGCUCCACGCAUCUCACAAGGAAGUGCUCUUAGUCCUGAAUCGAUCGGUACCCAUAUGUAUUGCCCAAAGGCGGUCCAUCCAGUGUCCGUAUUGUGGACUGAGCGUGUUGUACAAUUUCCAACUUCGUCACCAUUUCGCUUCCGACCAUCCCGGCCUGGCUCCUUCUGGAACGGCAGCUGAUGAAUAUCAAUGCAGAUUUCGAUGCGGAUUGUGUGGAAUACCACAAAAGUCGCGAUUGGCACUUCAGCGUCACGAGAAGCACAAACAUCACCUGGCAAGGUACUAUUGUGCCAUUUGUCGCUUGAACUUUGACACACCUUUGCAGGCGCGACGUCAUCGGAGUUUGGUGCAACACAAGCAAAGAGCACGAACCAAGGCACCUUCCUCCACAUCCCGACCGGAUAAGGAAAUAGAGCACAUGCUCAGGGAAGUGCUGGAAGAACCCAUAGCCCAUAGUCCGCCUGCCAAAAGGAAUAAAUUGGCCGAAAAGAAAUGCUCAAAUUGUACGGAAGUUUUUGAUUCUCCACAAAGGUUGGCUCUGCAUCGAGCUGGAGUGCAUCCAGACGACAACCAUGUGUGCCUCAGCUGCGGAUCGAGCUUUCAGUCUGCCCAGGCCCUGGGUAGGCACACACGAAGCUGUCAGCCCCUGGCCAGCACCUCAGGUGCCUCCAAGCCACCUGUGACCAAUACCUCAUCCUCUUACUCCUGCGACAAAUGCAGUUUCCAGUCGCAAUAUGAAUCCGAUCUUAUUUACCAUCGCUUCUUUCACAUGAGACCGGGAACGAUAGGAAGAGACGAGUUGCUGCAGUGUCCGCUCUGUCCCAAGCACUUCAAGAAGCACUCCCUCAGAGCUCAUCUCAGAAACCACACAGAUGAGAAGAUUUUCGAGUGCCCAGAAUGUCAUCAGAAGUUUGCAAGGAGGCACAACCUCAAGAACCAUGUGGCCACCAUGCACGGUCAGGGAAAGGAUACUCAUAAACCGAAGGAAGAUUCCAUAAAAGUGGCGAAGCCCAAAUAUCAGUGCGGAACCUGUGCCAAAGUACUGUCCAAAAAGCAUUCCCUUAAGUUGCACGAGUUGAGUCACUCCGAGGGAGCAGAGCGAAGCUUUCGAUGCCAUUUCCCAGGCUGUUCGUAUGCAGGCUUAUACCAGGAAAACCUCAAAACCCACCUCAUCUCCCACUCUCAGGGUAGGCACAAGUGUGACCGGGAAAACUGCAGCUAUGUCGGGAAAAGUGAACUACAUUUGAAGAGGCACCUCAAGUCAGCCCAUUCCCGGGAGGGGGACGACGCCCGGGAGUGGUUCUCAUGCGAUCAGUGCGAGUUCAGGACCCGCACCAAGGGCCACCUCCGCCGGCACUCGCUUCGCCACUCGGGACAGAAGCCCCACCAGUGCCCCCACUGCGACUUCCAGUGCAGCACCAUCGAUAAUCUGCGCAAGCACAUCGUCAAGACGGGCAAACAUCCCGGCAAAUUCAUCUACGAAUGCCACAAGUGCUCGGAUCAGGCGCCAAAUGAGAUCUUCAAGAGCAACACAUUCAAGGAAUACCAGAAACAUUUGGCCACUCACAAAAUGGAUUGAGGAUACUAUACAA